AUGACGGCCAAGACGCACAACGCCUACGCCCCAGGCCACUCCCCCGACCAGGUAAAGCACCACGAAUGGCGCACGGCGGAGAACAGCGCGGCGCACUUGAUCCCCCACCUCCAACGGCUGUCUUCCGCAGAUCCUGGCCUCCAGCUCCUGGACGUAGGCGCGGGUUCGGGCACCAUCACGGCCUCUCUGGCCAGGUAUAUCCCGGGGGGCCACAUCACGGCAACCGACAUAUCCGACGAGAUACUCGACAAGGCGAAGCAACACGCGCUCUCCGAGGGUCUCUUGGAUGACGAGCCACGGCUCUCCUUCCAGAGGGCGGACGUCUACUCGCUCCCGUUCGAAGACGCCUCGUUUGACGUGACGCACGCCCACCAGGUUCUCUGCCACCUGGAUGACCCCGUCCUUGCCGUCGGGGAGAUGCUGCGCGUCACGAGGCCCGGCGGGGUCGUCGCCCUGCGAGAGACGGACAUGCACAUGUUUGCCUUUUGGCCCGAGCUUCCCGGUCUCCUGCGCUUCCACGAGCUGCAGGUCUCUACGCUGCUUGCCAAUGGGGGGCAGGAUAAGGGCGGGAGACGUCUGGUCAGGUGGGCGCUCGAGGCGGGGGCGAGGAGAGAGCAUGUCGAUGCUGGGUUUGGCACUUGGUGCUAUAGUGCUCCUGAGGAUAGAGAAGCAUGGGGUCAGAUACGCACCAAGGCUAUAGACAUGGGUCUAGCUACAGAGACGCAGCUAGGCGACAUGGUGGUCGCAUGGGAGACGUGGCGGGACACGGACGAAGCAACGCUGGACUCCCCCUUCCUGAGGGCCUCGAAAGUCUGCUCGUCAAUCUCCGCCCUAGCCCCGCACAGCUCGAUAACCUGCUCCGCCAGGCCGGGCGGCACCACGACGACGCCGUCCCUGUCGCCGACGAGCACGUCCCCCGGGUUGAUCCACAGGUCGUCCCUGAACUGGACGGCGACGUUGAUCUCCGAGGCCCUGGUGAAGGUGUUGCUGCCCAGGAUGGACGUGCCCCUGGCGAACACGGGGAACCCCAUCUCCUGGUGCUCCCCUACGUCCCUGACGCGCCCGUCCACCACCACCCCGGCCGCCCCCAGGUACUUGGCCCGCGUGGACAUGAGCCCGCCCCAGCAGGCCGAGUACAUCUCCCGCGGCUGCUGGAUGUACAUGACCUUGCCCGCCUCGUUGCAGUCGGCGAAGUGCUCCGCCGGUUUGGGGGAGGCGGUGUCGCUCGCGGGGACCAUCUUGACCGUCACGGCUGGCCCUAGGAUCUUGGUCGUGCCCGUCCGCUGCUCCGGUGACCACAUCGAGAGCCCGUCCAGGAAGCCGCCGUAG